UUUUCUUGGCUUUAACCCCCUAAUUUUCAGACCCAGUUCUUCAUAUUUAUUCUGAAUAUUUAUACUUAUUUUGGUCUCAACAUUUAUACACCAAUACACAUAAUCUCUUUAAUUAUUUCCUUCUUUCAUUGUGCACUUCUUUUUAUGAUUUGGCAACGAUGUUGUGGGGAAGAAGCAUUGGAAACAAAAGAAAAUAGAGGAGAAAAUAGAGAAAUAAUAAAUAAUAUAAAUAAUAAUACUCCAAAAGUUACAGCUGCAGCUGUAACUUUACGUUCGGCAAAGAAUUUUAAAUGA